CAUCAGCGUCCCCCACGACAUCUUCCGGCCCCACACCCCUCUCACCCCCUAACUAAAUAUAAUCUAUCCCAUGACCCUCCUCCCCCACCGAUUUUUAUAUUCCCCCUCCACCUCCUCCUCCUCCUCCUCCCUUCCCCUCCGGCGAACUUUCCCAAUAUUAUAUUCUUCUUAUAUUUUUUUGUUAUCAGCUUAUAUUCCUCAGUUCAUGGUGGCGCGCUAUGCCGACGCCGGUUAGUGCCGCGCGGCAGUGCCUCGCCAGCGAUUCUGCUUCCGCCCUCGAUGCAGCAGUCGCCGCCGCUCAUCGGAGAUCCCACGCUCAAACUACCUCCUUACACGUCGUAUUCGCCCUCCUUUCCUCUUCCUCCUCCACUUCCCCUUCACUCCUCCGCGACGCUCUCACUCGCGCUCGCAGUUCAGCAUACUCUCCACGACUCCAGUUCAAAGCCCUCGAUCUCUGCUUCAGCGUCGCGCUUGAUCGUCUUCCCUCUUCUUCGGUUUCCGAGGGAGAUGAGCCUCCGGUCUCCAACUCGCUCAUGGCGGCCAUCAAGCGCUCACAGGCCAACCAGCGCCGCCAUCCGGAUACGUUUCAUUUGUACCAGCAACAGCAAUCGGCGGCGGGGAAUACGUCGCAGGCGUUCGCCGGUGUUAGAGUCGAGCUGCAGCAGCUGGUUCUCGCAAUCCUCGAUGACCCGAUCGUGAGCCGAGUGUUCGGCGAAGCGGGGUUUCGGAGCUGCGAUAUAAGGCUUGCUAUCCUGCGGCCACCGCCACCCACUUCGCUUCCCCCGUGCCGCGCCUUCCUUUGCAAUUUCGCUGCCGGCGAGGGGUAUGGGUUUCACUUUCCCGCGCACUUAGCGGCUGAUAGUGGAGACGAGAAUUGCCGGCGAAUCGCGGAAAUAAUUGUAAGGAACGACGGCGCCGCGCGAAAUCCGAUGUUGGUUGGUGUUGGCGCGGCUGAUGCGGCAGGGGAAUUUGGUCGAACGAUUGAGCAGCAGAAUUGGACGGGGCUGCCUCUGGAGAUUCGAGGUGUGAAGUUUGUGAGCUUUGAGAGGGAGCUUAGCGGCGGGGGUAAGGAGGUGAUUUGUGCGAGGAUGGAGGAGUUGGGAAAGGAGAAGCAUGAUCCUGGGGUUAUUGUGAGCGUCGGUGAUCUGAGCGGUUUGAUGGAAGGGAAUGAGGAUGCCGCUAAUUGCUUGGUUUUGGAGCUGACGAAGCUUCUGGAGUUGCGGCGAGGGAGUUUGUGGGUGAUGGGUUGGUCGGCGAACUACGAGACCUACUUGAAGUUCUUGUCCCGGUACCCAAUGGUUGAUAAGGACUGGAAUUUGCAGUUGCAGCCCAUCACUUCUCACAGAACUGGAAUGGCUGGAUUGCAGGCAAAACCUCCGAGCUUCAUGGACUCAUUUGUCCCUUUCGGCGGGCUAUUUCCACAAGUUUUCAAGCCAAUUGGAACAUUAAACAAUCCAUAUCAGUCAAUGCUUCGUUGCCAGCUUUGUAAUGAGCAGUACGAGAAAGAGGCUACAGUUAUUUUAAAGAGUAAUUCUACUUCACUUGAAGAUCCGCAGAAAGCUGUCUUACCUUCUUGGCUGCAAAAAGCUGAUGUGGUUAGCACCAAAGAAGGAUUUGAAGUCCCGAAGGUUAAAGAUGACAAAAAUGUAUCAAAUGUUAAAAUCAUUGAUUUGCAAAAGAAGUGGAAUGAAUACUGCCAGCAUGUCCAUCCUCGUUCCCAUUUCGUAGAGGCAAAAAAUAACCAGGUGAUUCCACACCUCGUUGGAAUUCCAUAUAUUUCUCAUGCAGCAACUUUCCCCAACACCAUUACAAAUCCUUCGAUACCUAAAACCCAAAACAGCAUAGGAAAUGCUUUCUCUGUAUCAGUGGGCAGCAUACCAAACGUUACGGCCUUCAACAGCCAAAGCAUCUCAGCUCCUUUUGUUGCAGAACCUUCACACAGGGACUUGCAACCUAAUCUUCAUGAAAAACUUUCAAUAAGUGAACCAAUUUUGGCUGGAGGCUUCCAAGCUCGUCAAGCUGCUCCAUCAGAUUUGGGCAUUCAGGACAGCCAUACUUCGCCAUCUUCCGUGACCUGUGUGACGACAGAAUUGGUGUUAGGAGCAGCUAACAACUACUUUUCCUUGGAUGGAAAAUCUUCAGUGGGUUCGUCUCACUGUUAUACACCCAGAAAGAUUAAUGAGCCUAGUCAAUGUGUUUCAAGAGUUGAUUUCCAUGCUUCUUCUCCCCCUCUUCACAAUUGUUCGGCCACAAAUUCUCUUUCUUGUGGAAAAAAUUGGAGCGGUAUCUCUCGUAGCGAGCAACGGAGUGGGGGUUCUCCUAAUAUACUUCAAGAGUUUGAUGCAAGCAAUUAUAAGGCGUUCUACGCAAGCCUAGUAGCGAAAGUUGGUCGGCAAGAAGAAGCGUUGUGGGCAAUUAAAGAAGCCAUUAUUCGUUGCAAAAUGAGAAACGAAAAGCAUCGUGGCCCAAGCCUGCGAGGCCCCAUUUGGCUGAGUUUUCUAGGCCCUGAUCGGGUUGGAAAGAAGAUGGCAGCCAUGGCAUUAGCUGAGUUGAUCUUCGCCUCCAAAGAAGAUUUGAUCUGCCUUGAUCUUGCUUAUGAUGAUGAUAGCUACUGCCAAGGUGGUGUUUUUCACCAAAAAGGUUCAAAGAGCUACAAUGUGAGUAACAGGGGGAAGACAAUUAUUGAUCACAUUGCUAUGGAGAUCAACAAGAAGCCGUUGUCCGUUUUCCUCCUCGAGAAUAUUGACAAGACCGACUUGCUAACUCAAAACAGCUUAUCCAACUCAAUUCGCACUGGCAAGUUCUCCGAUUCUCAUGGGAGGGAAGUAAGCAUCCAAAAUUCCAUCUUUGUAACUACUGCAAAAGAUCUUCCAGCGAAAACUCUCUCCCCCAUAAAAGACAGCAUCAGCUUUCCUGAGGAAAGAAUUUUAGCCGCUCAGCGGCGAAAAAUGAAGAUUAUCAUUGAACCGUUUUCCGAAUCCGAGGCUUUCUGCAGUAAAUCAAUUUCGAAAGUAUCGGUUAUAUCAAGACAAGAAUCCCCUAACAGUGCUGCCCCUCCAUGCACAGUAUUUAUAAGAAAAAGAGAGCUGGAUUUCUCGGCUAAGCACAAAUGUCAGAAUGAAUACUCCCCAUCAAUAAAAAGGCUACAUAGAAGUUCAGGCAUUGAUCUGGACCUGAAUCUUUCUGCCGAAGAACUCGACCAAAAUGAUGACAUCAACAGCGGCAGCGAGAACAAUUCAACAUCGGAGAAUUCUGAAGACUGGUUAGAGGAAUUCCUUAACAUGAUGGAUAAAAACGUGUGCUUCAAGCCAUUUGAUUUUGAUUCCCUUGCUGAUUAUGUACUGAAAGAAAUGAGCAGGGGCUUCUGCAACAAAAUUGGAUCAAAUUAUAUGCUUGAAAUUGAUGAAAAGGUGAUGGAGCAGAUUCUUGCAGCCACAUGGUUGAUGAGAAAUAGGAGUGAUUUGGGUGGUUGGAUUGAACAAGUACUGUGGAAGAGCUUCAGUGAGCUUAAAGAGAGACAUGUGCUCCCAGAUUGUGCUGUUGUGAGAUUAGUUGCUGAUCAGGAUUUCCUCAUGGAGGAGAAUGAACUCGGUAUGUUCCUUCCCUCAAAAAUUAUUUUGGAAUGAGCUGAACAGAUAGGUGUAAUUAGUUGUAAUUAUGUAUAAUCUGGUAUUAGCGUUUAUGAUGAUGUAUUAGAAUUGUUAUCAUUUUGGUCUUUAGUUGCUUUCUUGA